AAAAUAAUUGUUUGAUAUUUAAUUGUUGUGUUGGACACUGGCAAUGAGAAAUCAAAUACUUUUCAAGAUGUUCUGCUAUAUACUUUUACUGCUGUUAAAUUGUUCAAUUAUCAACUGCACAUCUUUAAUGGGAUCAAGAGCUACAGUCCACAGUAAUAUCAAUAGGAUUAUUCAUGCAUCUUUAACAGACAAGGACACUGGUCAUGUUUGGCAAAUUCAAGAAUCGGUUUACUCAGGAAGUCCAAGGGCUGGACGAAUCGAAAUAAACUCAGAUGAAAAUGAAGUCAAUGUCUUUUAUUCGUACACAAACUCAAAGGACAACAAUAAACGUCUCGUUAUUCAUGACAAUGAAUGUGAUGUUUACAAUUAUGAUCUAAAGUGGGACAACUUAUUGCCUGGUGUAAAUAAACUUUUAACUAAUCUUAUCCUGCUUUUGGGUCCAUCGGUCUUGGAUCGUUUUAGUGGCUUUGAUUGGGCGAAUGGUAACGAUGAGAUUAUCCGAGGUACUCUUAUGCACAGCGUCUCAACCGAUUUGGAUCGUAAACUUAAUAUAACUUUAUUUUAUCAAAAUAAUCUUAACCAAAUGAACGGAAUUCAACAGCCAAGUCAAAUUGUAUUCACUGGUCACAAUCCUGAUACUUUAGCUGAAGGAGAAGGCGAGACUCUCAUCUUAGACAUUUAUUUACAAUCGCAAACUGAACAAGAAUUGGAUAAACUAGUUCAGGUUACACCAGGAUUCGGUUGCCCAGUAUACCUAAAUGAAGAUGUUGCCUUCCCUGAACUCAAUACGCUCAAAAUUCAUUUCAUAGCUGCUGAAAAAGAAAAUUAUGAUAAUCCAAUAACAAGUGAGUUUCAUGCUGAUGAAACUCAUCAAAUUUUGAGACAAAUUUUCAAUGUACCAUAUGAGUUUCAAUCGGAAGUGCUCAUCGAUUAUUCACUUGGUGCUGGUUAUCGUAUAUCAAGUGUUGGAUCCUGUAUUACAUUACCGUUUGUUUAUGGUGCAACUGGUAUUGAUGAAAGUGGUUCACUUUCGAUAGCAAAACUACUCUGGCUACCAAAGACAUUGAAAUAUCUUGGAGAGAUAAUAUUUGAACAUAGAUCAGGCUAUAGGGUUCAUGUUUGGGAAUCCACUGAGACCAAUCGAGUUAUAAACGAUAUAACAUAUGAUAAAGUGGUGACAACACAGUAUUUGAGUUCAUCUUACAAAAAUGAUAUUUUCAAUGGCUACAGUCUUGUUGCAGCUUCAAUAAAAGCUUACUCAAAAGAUGGAAAGGGUUCAUAUUAUUUAUCAUAUUCAAGUCAUCGAGAUUAUUAUGAUUCAAAUAGUGAUUUACCUGAGUCUACUUACCAAGAAGCUCUACAAUCAGUUAAUUGCUUCCAAUACCAAGAAGAAAGAUUAAAUUUAAAAUUUCAUUUAACAUGCAAAGGUUCUGAUGGAUGCAUAAAAAAGUCACAAAAUUCAGUUUAUGAAAUGAGAGAACUGUUUCGAUCAAGUCUACUUGGACAAUUAGAAAUGUCAUUCAUUCGAGUUGCUGAUAUCGACUUUAAAUUCCAGAAAGAAGUGAUUGAAGCUGAUGUUACUUUCCUGAAGCUCCAAAAAUUUCUGAUGUUCUACCACAUGAUUUUUACACAGAAGAACCGAAAUCAAUUAGCAUAUUACACGAAACUGUUACUGAUGAUGUUGAGGAGUGCCUUCGAUAUCAUUCAUCAUUCAUUCCUUAUGGAGCUGCUAUAAUCUAUUGUAAGGAUGAUGAUCAUUGUUUUAGCACUGCAAACGCGAAGAAUAUAAGCAAAACUAGCAACAGAUCUUAUUGUAGUAUCUACACCGAUCCAUACAAAAAACUGAAUCGAUUAGGUCGAGAAAAGCCUUUAUCAGAUUUACAUGAUCAUAUACUUAAUUACUUUGGACACAUAACAUUUAAUAUGAAUCUUGAUGAAAAAGCCAAGGCUGUUACUUUUCAAGUAACGGAUGUCAUUGCUCAAAACGGUGUUGAAGAGCAAACAGAACCAUUUCACUUUUUAUAUCGUGACGAUCAAUUCGAUACAAUAGAUGGUGUUUAUAC